AUGCAAACAAUUCAAAAACACUCAUACAAACAUUGCCAUGCGAGCGUCCUGGUCGGCAUCAUCGGCGGGCUCAAAGUUGGUGACUUCGGGUCGGCAAUGCGGGCGAAGCCGGCCGGAGUGCCGUAUGAGGAGUGCUGUGUCGGCACGCUGAUUUACACCUCGCCGGAGCAGCUGCAAGGCAACCGGCACUACGGCCAGGCCGUGGACACGUGGGCGCUUGGGUGCGUGCUACGUGAUGGCGGAACCCUGUUCGUGGCGCAGACAGAGGAGGAGCUGGUCGCUGAGAUGUACAAGCUGCGAGACCAGAUCAGUUCCACGGGGAUGCUCGGCUUGGAUUUCUUCGAGGAGUUUUCGGAGGCCGGGCGUGAGGUCCUGACCGGCCUGCUCGCCUUCAACCCCGACGAGAAGAUCACGGCGGCCGAAGCGCUCGACCGCCGGUGGUUCAGCAAGCCGUGCGCUUCCAGGGGAGCAGAGCAUCCUGGCUUUGUGACAUUAAUCAGUUAA